AUGGCGGGGAGACCAGUGGCGGCGGGGCCAGCGGGCGUUGCAGGUGGCGGCGAAGAGCUGCAGCAAGAGGCCAGUGGUGGCCGGGGGAAGCAUCAGAAGGUGGGCGCAGGCGCUGCAAGGCCGGCGGCAGUGCGGUCGGGAGGCGGGAGUUCGACGGCGAGCGUGGGCGACGUGAGCGGCGGGGGCCGCAGGGAGUUGCCGAUGAAGAUAAUGGGAUUAGGAGAAUGGGUGAGGAGCUUAAGAUUGAAGGGAAGGGCGAAUACAUAUAGUGAGAUGAACAUGUGUGAAGAAGCAGUUGAAGAGAGGCGACACCAGAUUGCCCAGAUGAUGAUAAACAAAAUCUUGAAGCAGGCGGAUCGGCCAAAACCUAAGCCAGCUUUGAGGAUAAGUGGGUGGCGGUCGGGUGGCAUUCCGGUGGUUGGGCGGUGGUUAGCCGGAAAAAGGGGUCGCUGGGGCGACGGGCCGGAGGUGAGCGGCGACCGGGAAGCUGGGUGCAGUAGUAGCGGCGACAGAGCCCAAGCGAAGGGCCCGCAGGCAGCGGGAGGUCGGGGGCUGGGAGCGGUGAGCACAGGUGCAGCGGAGGCUGCUGGCGGAGUGGCGGCCGAGGGUCGGGGGGGCCGGAGGCCGGGGAGGUUCGGGUUGGUGGCAGGGGCCAGGAGCCGAUAG